GUCAACUCCAUGGCUAAGAAUCUCAUCUUCAACCUUUCAAAAUCUUUUCCUCAAAGCCCUUCAGCACUGUCUCCCAGAUAUUCCUCCCGCAAAGUCUCAAGGGUCUGCUUCAAUACCUCUGCCUCCAAAUACUCGGAGGGUCGAAAUGCUCCGGAAGAUCAUAGGGAUUCAAGGACAGACUGGGCCUACGAUGACAAGAAGUGGAGGAACGAGGGGUCCGUCGACGCAAAUAACAGAGGAAAAGAUCCAGCGGAGGAAAUGAUAGACAGGACCAAGGACUAUACCCAUGAAACGAAGGAGAGGACAAAGAGCGCAGCGGAGGAGGCGAAAGAGGGAACAAACAGAGCAGCCAAGACAGCAGAGAGCGCCAAGGAGAAAGCAAAACAGUACGCCUACGAAACAAAGGAGAAGACGAAACACGUGGCGGGAUCUGUAGCUGAGAAGGCCAAAGAGGGGACGUAUAAGGUGGCGGAGACGGCGGCGAGCGCGAAGGAGAAGGCGAAGGAGAUGAAGGAGAAAACAGAGGAUGUGGCCGAAACGGUGGCGGAUAAGGUGAAGGAGGGGACGAGCAAGGUGGCAGAGACGGCGAAGGACAAGUUGAAGGGGGAGUGGGGGGCGGCGAAGGAGACGGGGAAGAAGAUUAAGGAGACUGUGGUGGGGAGUACUUCAUCUGAUUCUGAUGAUGAGGUGGAGGUGGUGCAUGAGAAGGUUGUGGAUGAUUAUGUGGAGGUUGUGGAAGUUUUGGAUGAGAAGGGGAAUGUUGUGGAUGUUAGGAGGCGGAUUCGCAAGCCUGAAGAUGAUGAUGUGAAGAAAUGUUGA